GCUUCUCCACUUGUUUGUGUUGGUGUGUGAGUGAAGCUGCCCGGUGUCUGUCGGUGGAUUUAACCUGCUCUCCGUCGAAUAUAUUCUGAAUUUAAUGAACUCUUCGUGUUAUAGUUCGUCAUAAACCAGAAGUUCCUCUUUGUAUUUUCUUUUGUUGGAUCUGAAAUGGCGGUUUCUUCAGCGGAUCACGGAUUAAUCCGUUUGUUGCCUUAAACCCCUUUCUUCCAUCGGAGCAUCAUGUAAGCAGACAGACAGGAAACUAUCCGAGUCGGCCUGCACCGGGUUCAGUCUGGUCCAGAACCAGUUGGGAACAAGUCUGCCUGCAGCAGAGACGCAGGGUGGCCGUGGCAUUGCCUUCCAGUUGGAGAAUGGAGAGUGACUGUCGGAUCCCAGUUACUUGUUGUCGGCCUCGAGUCCUCGUCCUCCACGCUCUGUUCUGGGUCCUCGUCUCCCUUGGAGUGUAUGGAGCAUCUCUGCGAAGUGAAGAGAAAACGACAGCAGCUUUGAAGCCUGCUGUCGCUCCCUGCUGGCUAACGGAGGAGUUCGUGGUGUCGGAGGUGUGCGUCCGGUGCAGCGACUUCAUCGCCAAGUCGCGGUCGGCCUGCAGCCAGACGGGAUACAUCGAGAGAGUGAACUGCACAAAGUCCAACAAGGAAGAGUACAAAAGCUGCCGCUCUGCUCUGAUGGAGGAGCAUCUGUUCUGGAAGUUUGAGGCAGCGAUGCUGGCUCUCACGGCGCUCUUCGCCGUACUGGUGGUCAUCCGUCAGCGCCGGCUGGAUCGCCUCGCGUCAGAAAAGGUCCGCCGGCAGAUUGAAUCCAUCUGAACGAGGACCGUGUCCAGUUUUUAUCCUGCAGCCGUGUUUGAACUUCAGGUGGAGUUAAAACGAUUCAGGCGUGGAGUUUGGACCGAGAUCAACCGGGACUAUAAAAUAAACCGGCAAAGAACUGGACCGUUUCAUGUUUUCGACACAAACUUUAUUUUCAAAGGAGAUUAUAAACUGUUCAGUUCAUCUAUGACCUUCUUCUUCUCUGUUUCCUGUAAAGUUUAGUGCUCAGAGUUUAUAGAUAAAUCUAUGAAAGAUGAAAUCGUUUCUCUAAAAACAACUUGGGACAGAUCAGGAACCAAAUGGAUCUGAACGGACUGAAAUGUGAAAUAAAAAUGUUUCGGAAACGGUAGCUGAAACUUGUUCGUUGAUGUCACACACCACCAGAAGUGUGUAGUAUUAUGGUCUGCUGCUGAAUCUGUGUCUUGUGGUUGACCAGACACUGGUUUCUAUCAGCAGGUUGGACACAUUGUUACAAUCAAAACAGGAACCACAGAAGGCGGCGGCACUGGUUUCUGUAAAAACUUCAGCUUCUUGUUAGCAGCGUUCAUCUUUAUGACCAGUCUGUAGUUUAAAAUACUCAAAUGUUUUUCUUAAGGUUGAAGUUUUAUUUUCUGAAAUUCUAUAUUAAACCCAAACCUCCAUCUGAUUGGCUCACGUCUCCACUCGCUGCACUCUGAUUGGUUGCUGCAUCAAACUGAACCAGUAUAAAGACCAGUAUCUGGACAUGGCAGUGAUUUCAUCUUAUGCUGUGUCAGCGUUUCAGACUCGUUCAGCUGUGAAUUCUUCAUCUGGACUAAAAUAUUUCUGACUGGCUUUAAACUAAGCAGCACACGGAGACGGAGUUCAGAUGAUUUUAUUGUAAAUAAUAGUUUGGUUUAUUUUCUGGUUUUUGUUUCUGUGAAGUUUCUGACGAAAUAAACUAACGAGGAACUUAA